AUGGAGAUUGGAUUUGAACCUGAUAAUCAGUCAUUAAAACACCUAAAUUUAAGAAAAACUAACUUUUAUGGCUCUCUAGCUCCCUUGGGAAAUUUAUCAAAAUUGAAUUUUCUUGAUAUUAGUUAUACUAAAUUAGAUGCUGACAUUGAAUUUUUACCCAGUAGUUUAGAAACAAUUAUUGCUGAAGGCAUUCCUGAAAUCGAGAAAAAAAUGAAAGUAGAAAUAGGGAAAACCGGCAGUGGUAAAUCUACGCUUUGCGACCUCUUGACUGCCAAAACUAGUGAUUCUGAAAAGGAUAAAGAAAGUAGUGAAAAUACUAACAAAACCAAAGAAAUACAAAUAAAAGAACUCGAACAAGAGUUUGAAGUCAAUCAAGGAAAAAAAAGCAAGAUUACUUAUCGGAUAAUUGAUACACCAAGUGCUUUUGACAUAUUUUCUGCAUCUUCCCAAAAACCGUUAAAAACAAUUCUUGAAAUUUUCAAAGUUGGUGUAAAUCAAAUAUUAUUUGUUAUUGAUGGAAACUUUAACCAACAUGAUAUGAAUAUUUACAACUUUCUAAGAAAAGAAACCAUUUUUGACCAAGAUAUUGUUAACUAUGUCACCAUAGUUCGCACUAAUUUUAACGAUUUUGAUAACGAAGAAAAGUGCAAGGAAGAUAUUAAAAAAUCAGUUAAAAAAGACAGCAAAUUAUCAGAAUUGAUUGAACUUUUCCAAGGAAGGAUUAUUCACGUAGACAAUCCUUCGUUAGAAGUCAAAAAUAAAGAUGAACUAGAAUUUAACAAAGAAAGAAGAAAUAAAUCAAGAAAUAAAAUAGUAGAUCACUUGAAUAAAAACUGCCAAAGUGUCUAUAAGUUCAAACCUAAAGAAACAAUUCGUGACGAAUUAAUUAGCGAACUAAGAAAAAUUAAAGACACUACUCUUGCAGUUUUAGUUAUUACUUUAGAAAGACUAUUUGUUAUCAAGGACAACACAAAGAAAUUUGUUGAUAAGUGA